AUGGCUGAUGACUCAGUGAUUCGUGACUCCGCCCCUUCUCUCCUCCACCUGCUGCUAUUGGCUGAGCUGUUUGUCCGCUCAUCGCCUCGGCCCGCCCACCACUCGCUCUGUGGGAGGUUCAUGGAGAUGUUCCUGCAGCUCAACAGCUUGGAAAACAUGUCCAAAAACCUGCACCACCUGACGGACAAUGAACGCAUGAUCUUUGAACAUGAGGAACACCGACUGGACGACCUUCCUCACAUCCAACACAACCCAGCGCAUGUCAGCUCACUGAAGAUGAACGAGUCACUGUCCCGGCUGCUGCUGUACACGCGGUCCUUCAAGCUGCGCGUUGAUUGGUUGAAAACAGCCAAAGAAAACGUCAGUUUGUCCUCCGAGGCCACAGAGGGCGCCGCAGCGCACCUCCUCCAGCUGUCCAACCUCCUCAACACGUCUCUUCUCCAGAUGGGGGAGGAGGUUCCCUCUUCGCGGCCCCCCCCCCUGGCCUCCGUCUCCACGGCCUUCGAUGUCCUGCGCUUCUCCGUCGAGGUGUCUGAGCGGCUGCUGGUCUUCAGUGAUUGGUCGAAAAGAGUCCUGGCGUCUCUCCAGAGACGCAGCGGCUGCCCGAGACAUUAA